GCGGGGAGCACUAGAGAAGAAAAAGCAAAAGCGACGUCGAUGGCGCAACUGAGUCAAAACUUGACUGUUCAAAUUAUAUCGUUCUGCAGAUGUGGAGCUCAAGACUUGCUUGUUGCCUAGCAACUAGAUUAAGAUGAAGUGACUCGUGACGAGUUUCCUAGCAACAUCACUCCAUACUUUUGUUAUCGAACAUAAUGAUUAGACUUCCGAUACGGUGCAUGUCAAUCGCGCUCGCGCUGUGGCCUCUCUCGCUUGAAGUGUUGGGAAGUUUUGGUUUACAUUAUCCGUGUCACCUGACCCAUCGGAUUUGCUUUUCGUAGCAUAGCCAAAUCAGAUAGUCAACAAUGAUUAGCUUAUUAGUUCUCUUCUUGGCUCUUGUUGGUCGCUCCUGCUGCCUAAAUGGUCGUGGACUCACACCUCUUGAUUCAGCAUCAUUUGACAAGAUAACUUCAAAAUUCAAAGCAACUUUGAUGAAGUUUGACACCUACUACCCAUAUGGCCCUGAGCAUGAUGAAUUUGUCAAGCUAGCAUCCAGCAGUGCAGACAUUGAUGACUUCUUAGUGGCAGAGGUUGGAGUAAAGGACUAUGGUGAUCUUGAAAACCAAGAUAUGCUGCAGAAGUUCAAGAUCUCAAAGGAGGAUCUACCAGUUGUACAACUCUAUUUUCCAGACGGUCGGCCGGCCAUUCGUUUCACAGGCAGUAUCAAGGAGAGCGCGCUGCGCCGGUUCGUCCGGUCGGCGGGUGUGGCGCUGCCGCUGCCGGGCACCCUGCCGGAGCUGGACGAGCUGGCCGCCCGGCUGGUGUCCGCGGUCGGCUCCUCAGAGACCGCCACAGCCCUCCUGGAGGAGGCAGAGACGCUGGUGGACUCGGCGCCGGGGAGGAGGAAGGAUGCGGCGCGAUACUACGUGCGCGUGAUGAAGGAGGUGAUGGAAAAGGGGCACCAGUUCGUACAGAAGGAGGAGGACCGACUGAAGGCGCUACUGGAAGGGAAGCUGUCCCAAAAGAAACGGGCCGAGAUGGAGGCCAGGCUGAACGCUCUGCAGGCUUUCACGGCGCCUGCAGUGGGUGAGAAAGAUGAGUUGUGAGACAAUAGUUUGAUGUUUCGGAGGAUGGACAAUUGGUUAACGAGAUUGGUGAUGAGUUUAGACAGUAUUAGACAUUGACAAGAUGUGUGGUUUCACGCAAAUGUGUUUGAACGUAUGGACAUGGACGUAUAACUUAUCGACGUUCUAGACAUUCAUUCUAAGACGUAUAGGUAUUUUCAGCUAGAAAACAAGACGUUUUAGGUAACCACGAACUAUAUGCUGCACACCGCGUAGAUAUAGGUUGUCGCAUUAGGGUGACGGGUACUGUAUGAUUGUGGAGGUACUGAACUGUUAUGUAUUUAUCGACGAUGUGACGGCGACGUAAUCGAAUAAUGUGUUAUUUCGGUGAUACCUGUCCGAUGCCAAUGCCAUGUGAUGAUAACCGGAUCCGUCCAAACUCAAACUGUUAUUUCGCAUGCAUGCUGUAUUUUUGUCCUUGGAUGUUACUGCCGCACAGUUUGUGAUUGUUUCUAUUAGUGUGCGGGUUUUUGUUUCACGUUACCAUUUGUGGCGUCUGUUUCAUUCAUUCGGUGUUUGGCGUUGUUUGUUCACUUUUAUAAAUAAAGGUCAAAAUUAAAUGGUC